AUUUUGAAGAUGGGGAAAUUAUCGCCAUCAUUUCGGUCAGCAAUCUCGACGACGAUCUUGAACAAACCGCCUCAACCUCUGGCGGCGGCACCGCCGCUCUUGUCCGGCGAGCCCCGGUCAUUAUCCAAGAAAUUACCUCCCAAACCUUCCCGGAAAAUCCAAUCGGCGCAGAGCUCCGGCCCCCUGGAAAAGCCUAAAACUGCGACGCUCUUCAAAUCUUCCAGUCUCGCAGAUGCCAAGAAGCUCUACAGCUCAUUCAUCGCCACCACAAGAGCUCCACUUGAUCUUCGAUUCUAUAACUCUCUCCUUCAGUCUUACGCUUCAAUCGCCACGCUCAAUGACUCCAUCUCUUUCCUCCGCUACAUGUCCAAAGUUCAGCCUUCAUUCUCCCCCGAUCGAUCGACCUUCCACGUAUUACUCUCUACGUCCGGAAAUGGUUCCGGUUCCUCUCUUGCCUCGGUUCAGCAAAUCCUCAAUUUCAUGGUCUCCAAUGGCUUCAAUCCUGACAAGGUAACCACAGAUAUUGCCGUCCGCUCGCUUUGCUCGGCAGGUCUGAUUGAUGAAGCAGUAGAAUUGGUUAAGGAAUUAUCGCGAAAACAAUCCCCUCCCGAUUCUUUUACAUACAAUCAUCUCGUUAAGCAACUUUGCAAAUCCAGAGCUCUGUCCACAGUCUAUGGUUUUAUUGAUGAAAUGCGAAGUAGUUUUGGUUCAAAGCCCGAUCUCGUUACUUAUACAAUCUUGAUUGAUAAUGUAUGUAAUGGCAAGAAUCUCCGCGAGGCGACACGGUUGAUAAGUGUGCUGGGGGAGGAGGGUUUUAAGCCGGAUUGCUUUGUUUAUAACACAAUUAUGAAGGGUUAUUGUAUGCUUGGCAGGGGCAGUGAGGCAAUUGGAGUCUAUAAGAAAAUGAAGGAGGAGGGAUUGGAGCCUGAUGUUGUAACUUUUAAUACGUUGAUUUUUGGGUUAUCAAAAUCAGGGCGAGUUAAGGAAGCCCGAAAGUUUUUGGACAUCAUGGCGGAGAUGGGUCAUUUCCCUGAUGCAGUUACUUACACUUCAUUGAUGAAUGGAAUGUGUCGGGAGGGUGAUGCUUUGGGAGCAUUGUCGUUGCUCGAGGUGAUGGAGGCAAAGGGGUGCAGCCCCAAUUCGUGCACRUAUAAUACAUUGCUCCACGGAUUGGCAAAGUCUAGGCUCUUGGAUAGAGGGAUUGAAUUGUAUGGUUUGAUGAAAUCGGGUGGUAUGAAGCUUGAAACAGCUUCCUAUGCUACUCUUGUGAGGGCGCUUUGUAGGAGCGAUAGAAUUGCCGAGGCAUAUGAAGUAUUUGAUUAUGCAGUUGAGAGUAAGAGUAUGACUGACGUUGCUGCGUAUUCAACAUUAGAGAGUACACUCAAGUCUCUAAAGAAAGUGAGGGAGCAAGGCCAUGCUAUCUAACUGGUUUUGAUCAACUUCGACCAACGUUUGGUUGGCCAAUGUAAAAGUGGUCCAGCGAAAACUUUGUUCAGCAAAGCAUCGCAUUAUGCAACCUUAACCAGACUGUGCAGAGGUUCCUUGUUUGAUUAUCCCGGCUCAAGCAUUGGCAGAGGAGUAUGGACCCAAUUUGGAAAGUCUUAUCGUUGAUAAGCUUAGCUUAGCGGCGGAUAAAGUAUUCUUAUGAAGCAAGAAAGAUCAUGGACAAGGCUGUACAGCUUAUUGUGAUUAUAUUUUGGUUGGUAAGGUAACAGGAUCUUGAAAUUUAACUGCCAAAAAUUGAAAUCUGAAGCUAAAAUAUCCUGAUCAGACAUAGCCUGACAUUGUUUGGUAGAUUGUUGAGUAAAAGAAUUUUUAGAAACUGUUGGUGAGAACUGUGAAAUGAAGGGUUAUCGUGCUUAAUUUUAACAGAUCACAAACAAAACAGCAAGCUCUAGAUUCUUGGUGAUUCUUGGUCAA